AUGUUCCAGCCCAACUUGGCGACGGUUCCGGCCCAGCAAGCACGCAGCGCACUGCGCCGGGAUCCACACGUUCUGCGCGCUUAUCUGAGAGGGGCUGGCAGGAACCGCCAGGUAAAUCUCUUGAGCCUGCAAAGGAAGGGUGUACCGGAUGUGCAAAACAGAGGAUUAUAUAAAUCAACAAUCCAUCGUAACGUGUGUGUACGUGUGUAUAUGUAUCUCUUCCUCCGGUUCAAGCCUGCAACCGCACCACACCGCACUCCAGUCAUGGGAACCAGCAAACUACAACCACAACUAAAUGCAAAGAGAAACACGAGGAUCGUGUCAGCGACAUUGGCGCUGCUCGGCUUGGUCGCUUUCAUCAUGUUCACUUGGAAUGACUCGUUCGAGGCGUCCAUCGACAUGCUACCCUUCAAGGAUGUACCCUUCAAAUUGCCCGAUACAUUGGUAUCCGGGUCAGCAGCGGAGGACACUGAUAAGACCAAUACCCCCCGCAUAGACGUGAAGGAAACCAAUGAUAAUGUCUUGAAAGUAUGGGAAGAAAUCACUAACAUUAGGAACGAGCUGUCGGGUUCAGAUAAGGGUAAUUUCAAUCUGAAUGAUGGUGCUAUGAACACGAAGAAAAAACCAUCACAGGGGAAUGCAAUGCGUACUAAGGAGUCAAGUAAAUUGAAUGUCAAACCAUUCGAUCCUGAAAGAAGCUUUAAUCAAAUUAUACAUACUUCCCCAGCAGUAUUAUUUAUCAAAUCAAGCUCUACUGAUUCAUUGAACUUGAGGAAAUUGUUAAAGGAGGAGUAUGAAAUUUCACCUGAAUUGGCAGUCGUCGAUUUGGAUAAGCAUUCUAAUGGUGUAGAAUUGGAACAAUAUAUUAAGCAGAAUAAACUGCUAACAGAAGAAAGAACAAACUCACCAAUUAAUGUGCCAUAUUUAUUUUUAAAUGGUAACUCCGUCAUUAAUAACGGACUAUCAAAGGAUAUUAGCAAACUACACAAGAAUGGUCAUUUGCUAGAAAAGCUAAGAAGUUUAUCCGACGGACACAUUAUGUUUGUCAAGAAGGACCAUCCAUCUAAUUCAUAA